CUAGGCAAAAAAAAAAAAUAAUAAAAUAAAAAUAAAAAGAAAGAAGAAGAAGAAAGAAAUGGUGUGCAAAAGGUUCACAAGCUUGAUUCUUGGGCUAUUGCUCUCCUUGGCUGCUCUAGGAGGUUCUACUGCUACUACUCACCAAGAACUUGUUGCGCUCGCAAAUACUCAUCAUGCCAUAGGAGGCAACAACAAGGAGCUUCAAAUCAAGGAUGAAGUGAUGACACGGAGGAAAUUGUUGAGAGGAAGGAAAAUGGGGGUGGAAGAAAAGGUGAAUAUGGAGAUGAAUACAGGAAAGAAUGUCGAUUCUUCAAGCAAAAUUGCAUCAUCAAGCCAAAAUGGCAAGGCUCAGGAGACUAAGUCCUCAGUGCAGAGAUUGGAAACACAAGGGAAAGCAUCGGAGCCAAUAAAAUCUCCAGUUGCAGAUCCUACUGAAGUCUCUCCUCAAAGUACAAAAAAUCUUCAACAGGCUACUGAGGAGCUCUACAACUUGCUGAGUGAAGACUACCAUUCUAGGGGACGCAGGAGAGCCCCAAUCCACAACAGUCAUCCUCUGAAGGAAGCUGAUGUGGAUGAUCCUUAGUUGUAGUAGCUAUAUAUGUUAAAGCCCUAUAUCCUCCAAAUUUUGUCAUGGGAUAUAGCUUUUAUUUAUAGCUUCAAAAUACCAAGUCUAGUGUAGUUUUUGGUUGUUUUUUUUUAAACUUAACUUUUGGGUUAGCUUGUGUUGGAUAUUAGAUGUAUC